AUGCAAGCAGCACACGGGCCGAACGCAUUGACAAAAUCCUCCAAGCAAUCUCAUUGGGACCACAGAGAGCUGGGCAGGGCUGACUUCGAUGUCACCCUGAAUUGUCGAAUAGCUGUGAACGUGGCCCAAGAAGUAUACAACCCCGAGCAGCUGGAGUCAUUUGUCCUUGCAAACACCAGAUUGGCGGUAGAGGACGCUUUGGAGACGACCUUCUUCGAGUCAUCCAUCCUUGCAGUGACGGCAGGUACGCGUCGUCAAGCUCCCCAUGCCAUCCUCCAGCAGCCAGGAAAGGUUCCACAGCCACCUCUGGAACAGAACAUACUAGCCUCACCAAGAGUGCUGCAGAGUUCAUUGCCUCCAUCUUCCGCCCUUCAGAACAAGAGCAAGAAAAGAACGGGAGAGCGUCUCGUGAAGCAGCCUCCGCGCAAACGAACACAGCGCAAUCAGCCAGCAGUGGAAUACUCCGAGAAUGCCGCACGCUCGAUGUGUAGACCAGACGGCACAUGCAGCGCCAAGCCAGAGCCACCAGUGGACGGACAACAGCUUCGGCGGGAAUCCAAGGUAGUAAGUCUCAUCGCGGCAGGAGUACAAAAACUUCUGAACGACGACACUGCCUGGCAAGCCUGGGAAUGCGACCUCGAAUCCAUCAAGCCUAGUCCUCAGACUGGAUAUACUGCUGCCCAUUUCUCACAGUAUGGGGCUGUCCUGAGGCAACGGUCAUGGCUGUCGCACUUCCUGGCGAUUUGUGCUGCUGAGUUAGGAGAAAAUUCCGAGGACAGACAACAGAGCAUCGAGCUGGAAGGCCCGAGCAACAUGCGUAUUGGAAAGUUCGGCAGGCAUCACCGGCGCAAGCUAGUGGGCUUCGUGCUAAGCAUUAUCAACAUGCUUUCGUUCGAAGUGGGACCAUCAGCUUACCACGUUCUCUCGGCACUUUCUGUGGCGAACCGUCCGUUGAAGGAUGGCGUGUCACGCAGCAUGAACUGGGACGGCGUAGUUGAAAGUGCAGGCAGGAUUGCUCGUCAGCUAGCCGAAUUGCCAGACUGGAGCAAGCUACCAAUCGAUGCAGUACUGGAUCCAUCCACCUUGUUCUGUUCUGGGGACAGCAAGUUCGGGGCCAUGUCAAGAACGUUGGACUGGAGGAUCGAUCAAGAAAGAGAGCGUCAGAUUACAAGUUCAGCCCGGGACCACGAUCCAACCGGGGAUUUGUCGCAGCCUGCUCAUUCUUUGCCGCAGGACGAAACGCUCGAAGCCGCGCCUACGCACGCUCAACAGUCUGCGUGCUGUCAAAAUCAGCUCACGCAGCCAGAAGAGAGCGCGCACAUCUUUGGGGCAUUCACAUGGGGAACACCGGGAGCACCGAUCGACUUCAACGCUGGCUUCAGAUUCGUCCUCGAAGACACCUUCAAUGACUUCAGCGAUAUACAAUGA